AUGGCUACAUUGAAUGAUAUAGCAGUUGCAGCAGCUAUCAAUAUUCUCACUGCAUGUGCUUUCUUUGUGGCAUUUGCCAUACUUCGUAUUCAACCCGUCAAUGAUAGGGUCUACUUUCCGAAAUGGUAUAUUAAAGGGUUAAGGAGCAGUCCAUCGAGUGGAGGAGCACUUGUAAGCAAGUUUGUGAAUCUGGACUUCAGGUCAUAUGUCAGAUUCCUGAAUUGGAUGCCUGCUGCAUUACAAAUGCCAGAACCUGAGCUAAUUGACCAUGCAGGGUUGGACUCUGCUGCUUACUUGAGGAUUUACUUGAUAGGGCUAAAAAUAUUUGUUCCCAUCGCAUUCAUAGCAUUUGCAGUCAUGGUCCCGGUCAAUUGGACCAAUAGCACCCUAAAGAAUUCAAAUGUAGUUUUCAGCAACAUAGAUGAGCUCUCUAUUUCAAACGUUCCUGUUGGAUCAAGUAGAUUUUGGACUCAUUUAGUAAUGGCUUAUGCUUUUACAUUGUGGACAUGCUAUGUAUUGAAAAGGGAGUAUGAGAAGGUUGCAUCAAUGAGGUUGCAUUUUCUUGCAUCAGACCAGAGGCGCGCUGAUCAGUUCACAGUACUGGUUAGAAACGUGCCACCAGAUCCUGAUGAAACAGUUAGUCAGCUUGUGGAACAUUUUUUUCUGGUCAACCAUCCAGACCACUAUCUCACUCAUCAGGUUGUUUACAAUGCAAACAAACUUUCUAAAUUAGUCAAUGAGAAGAAGAAGUUACAGAAUUGGCUUGACUACUAUCAACUUAAAUUGUCUAGAAAUCCAUCCAAAAGACCAUCUAAGAAGACUGGAUUUCUUGGUCUUUGGGGUAAUCGGGUGGAUGCUAUUGAUUUCUAUACAUCUGAGAUUGAGAGGCUAUUAAAAGAAAUAUCUUCAGAGAGAGAUACGAUUACAAGCAACCCUAAAUCUAUCAUGCCAGCAGCAUUUGUGUCCUUCAGAACUCGAUGGAAUGCUGCUGUUUGUGCACAAACUCAACAAUCCAGAAACCCAACUCUAUGGUUGACUGAGUGGGCUCCGGAACCCCGUGAUAUUUGUUGGGAUAACCUGGCAAUCCCCUAUGUUUCAUUGACAAUCAGGAGGCUUGUAGUUGCCGUUGCUUUCUUCUUCCUCACCUUCUUUUUUAUGAUACCCAUUGCAUUUGUACAAUCCCUUGCAAACAUUGAGGGUAUUGAGAAAGCAGUCCCCUUUCUAAAGCCCGUUAUUGAAGUGAAAUUUAUAAAAUCAUUUAUCCAAGGUUUCCUACCUGGAAUUGCUUUGAAGAUUUUUCUCAUAUUCCUUCCUACUAUUUUGAUGAUAAUGUCCAAAUUUGAAGGAUUUAAUAGCAUAUCAGCUCUAGAGAGGAGAUCGGCUACUAGAUAUUAUAUUUUCCAAUUUGUCAACGUAUUUCUUGGGAGCAUAAUCACUGGAACUGCGUUUCAACAACUAGAUAAAUUCAUCCACCAAUCUGCUAAUGAGAUCCCAAAGACAAUUGGUGUUUCAAUUCCAAUGAAGGCAACUUUCUUUAUAACUUAUAUAAUGGUCGAUGGGUGGGCCGGAGUUGCUGGGGAGAUUCUAAGGUUGAAACCUUUGAUUAUUUAUCACUUGAAAAAUUUCUUCUUGGUGAAGACUGAAAAGGAUAGGGAAGACGCCAUGGAUCCAGGAACCCUUGGUUUCAACACCGGUGAACCUCAAAUACAACUCUAUUUCUUACUUGGCCUUGUUUAUGCUGUGGUGUCGCCAAUCCUACUUCCAUUCAUAAUAGUAUUCUUUGGCCUGGCAUAUGUUGUUUAUCGUCAUCAGAUUAUAAAUGUCUAUAAUCAAGAGUACGAAAGCGCUGCAGCAUUCUGGCCUGAUGUCCAUGGGCGCAUCAUAACGGCACUUAUCAUCUCACAACUGCUACUGAUGGGGUUGUUAAGCACUAAAGAAGCUGCUCAGUCAACGCCACUGCUUAUCACACUCCCAGUGUUGACCAUAUGGUUCCAUAGAUUUUGCAAAGGCUGUUACGAACCUGCCUUCAUCAGAUAUCCAUUACAGGAAGCAAUGAUGAAAGAUACAUUAGAACGUGCAACAGAGCCAAAUCUGAACUUGAAAAGCUUCCUUCAAAAUGCAUACAUCCACCCAGUUUUCAAGGGUGAAGAUGACGGUGAGAAUGAAACAGCCGCCGAAGAAUGCGAGAAGGAGCCCGCAGUUGUGCCAACGAAACGCCAGUCUCGAAGGAAUACACCAUUGCCCAGCAAAUAUAGUGGUUCUUCAUCAUCAUCCCUACCCGAUGACACUCAGAAGAUGCUCCGGCCUUAAGAGUCUGUACUACUCUUUGUUUUCUGUACAUUUUUGGCUUAGGAGGUUGACAUUUCUGAAGUUCAAGGGCAUUGUAAAUGGAAAAAGGAAUUGUAGAGAGAGAGAAAGUGCUAUAAGAUGUUUCACUGUGUGGAGCAAAACAAAUAGGUAUAUGAUUCUUGGAAGAUUUUGUAGUUGCUGCAAUUAGGAGAUUUGUUUUCUUGUUCUUAUGGAGAACAAUUUCUUAUUAGGUCCAUGUACUUUUACACUUUGUCCUUUUUGCAUGGUGAGUAGAAUUUCUUGGUCAUGCAAA